AUGACCACAAACGAUAGCAAAACUGAAACUACUAUAAUAAUUAUUAAGGGAACUACGUGCAAGCAACCUCAACUGAACACUAAUAGAGGCUCCGUGCGGAACCCAACGCACUUAUCAGCAGCUCGACAAUACUCUGCAUACUGCUUAGGACCUGAUACGGUUUCAAAGGUAAAGUUGUAUCAAGGAUUCAAGCUUUGUAAUUUCGCAUACAAAAAUUCGCAACUCAAGGGUAAUGAUUUCACCGUAUUGGUAUGCAAUCUUCAAAAGCGAGAACUUCACGAAUGUCAUCUCAAAAUCUUUACUGGAGAUUUGAAUUCACAUGCGAAAAACAAAGAUCGGAAUUUCCGAAUUACGGACAGCAAUCGACAACAGGAUUAA